UCCUUGGAAAUUGAAGUGGAGGAGAACAGACCACACAAACUGUAAACGCUUUGUAGUUCUAAGACAAAAGGGGGUUUGGUAAAAGUAUUGGUUUUGGUAGGACCUGCCUUAGCAGUGACAAGAAUAGCUAGCCACCUCAACCUCUGAUACUAACCCUUGGCACACAAAUCUAAAUCAUAAUGGAUGCCGAGUAUGUCCUAUGCAAUUGGAAAGACCAACUAUGGCCAGCAAAAGUUUUGUCCAGAUCUGAAAUUUCAUCAAACAGUAAGAGAAAAAAGGCAUAUUCCCUAGAAGUUCAAAUACUCUCAUUAGAUGAAAAAAUUAAAGUGGAGAGCACAGAAACAAAGAUCCUAAAUAAAUCUCAAAUCGAAGCCAUUGCCUCCUCACUAGCAGUACAGUCAGAGGUCAGUGCUCCACCUGCAGAGGAAACGGCCUAUGGAAGAGCCCUAAAAGUGGCACUGGAUAUUCUGAAUGAGAAAACAAAUUUGAGUGAAUCAAGCAUUUCAGAUGAAGAGGAGACCAGUAUACUGUUUGAAAAUGCACUACAAAAACUGUCUGAUUCACCCCCUCAUAAAAAGUAUCGAAAGCAUGAAGAGGACUUACCAAAGUAUCUUGAAGAGAGUGAAAACUCACCAUACCUGUUGAUAUCUUCAGAGAGUGAUGAUUCCCUGUAUGAUGACAAAUCAAAGGUACAUACAACCGUUGAUACUAUUACAGGUGAAAUUGACACAAAGUCAUCACAAAACUCUAGCUGGUACCAGACUUUCCCUUCACUUUCAGAUGAUGAUGAUGAGAAAGAAGACAAGAAAAAGAUUAGUAUCUCAACAGUUGUGUCUGUACACUCCCCAGUCAAAGAGGAGGAUACAUGUGUUAAAGACGAAAAGUUUGUUCCAUCUUCACCAUCAGAUAUCCUCAUUGUGCCCAAAGCUUUGAAAGAGGAUACACAAGCUAUCUGCCCAGAGACCCUGGCUGUUUCCUCUGAAUGCUCUGUGCUCUCAGAGAAUGUUGAGGAUCCUGGAGAGGGUCUCUCAAAUCCAUGCUCUGUGCUCUCAGAGAAUGUUGAGGAUCCUGGAGAGGGUCCCUCAAAUCCAUGCUCUGUGCUCUCAGAGAAUGUUGAGGAUCCUGGAGAGGGUCCCUCAAAUCCAUGCUUUGAUGCCAGCGACAAUCAACCUUCCAUGGAAUCAGAGAUGGGUGCUGCGACAUCCACUGAGAGUUGUUCAUGGGAAAGCCAGCCUUCUUGUAGUGCUUCUAAUCCUGUCUUGGAUUAUUCACUUCCGGCGAAUAAUGAAAGAAAUCUUCAGAGACCAGAUUUUGAGGAACCUAGGGAAGAAGUUCAAGCUUCUGACACAUCAUUGCCUCAAGAUCCUGUUAAUGCUUCCUUGUUAGAUGACAGUGAGGAAGAUGAAGAACUUCCACGCUUCCUUUUGCGUUAUGAGCCACGUUCAUUUGAAACAGGAAUGAUAGUCUGGUUUAAAUAUCAAAAAUACCCAUUUUGGCCAGCAGUGGUAAAAAGCAUCAGACGAAAAGAGAGGAAAGCGAGUGUGCUUUUUGUUGAGGCAAACAUGAAUUCUGAAAAGAAAGGCAUUAGAGUAACUUUUAGAAGAUUAAAGAAAUUUGAUUGUAAAGAGAAACAAACACUAGUGGAUAAAGCCAGGGAGGAGUACAGUGAAAGUAUUGACUGGUGCAUUUCACUAAUUUGUGACUACAGAGUUAGAAUAGGUUGUGGCUCCUUUUCAGGCUCUUUCCUUGAGUAUUAUGCUGCUGACAUUAGCUAUCCACUUAGGAAAGUAAUCAAAAAGGAUACCUUCAGGAGCAUGUUUCCAAAGCUCCAUAACGAGAAUACUGGGGAAUCCAUGGUUGUGACUUCCCAGACCAAGAAAAUGUCCUUCCAGAAAAUUCUCCCUGAUCGGAUGAAGGCUGCUCGGGACCGAGCUAACAAGAACCUAGUGGACUUCAUUGUGAAUGCAAAGGGAACAGAGAGCCAUCUUCUGGCUAUUUUAAAAGGCAAAAAAGGAUCCAGAUGGCUGAAAUCAUUUUUGAAUGCAAACAGGUUCAUGCCCUGUAUUGAAACAUACUUUGAGGAUGAAGAUCAGUUGGAUGAGGUGGUGAAAUAUUUACAAGAAGUCUACAAACAAAUAGAUGAAAGAAUGCUGACUCGGAUAAAAGAUGAUAAAAUUAAGUUUAUCCUGGAAGUUCUUCUGCCAGAAGCAAUUAUUUGUUCAAUCUCUGCUGUUGAUGGGUUAGAUUACAAGGCAGCUGAAGCAAAGUAUCUAAAAGGACCAUCUUUAGGCUACAGGGAAAGAGAAUUAUAUGAUUCAAAAAUCAUAUUCGAAAAGAGACGGAGACCAUUAACAAAUGAAGCUCGUUAAAUUUACUGAGAGUUGAAAGCAUAACAGGGAGCUUUCGUAGAUACUAGUUUUAAAAAAAAAUCUCUGAAAGUUUCUCUCUAACAUGUAAAUAUUUUUUGAAAAAGGGCUUUAGGUAACGUAUUCAAUUAUUUUGCAAUCUCUAAGAUCUGUGGGUAUCACUACAUCUUUAUUUCCUUUUCUUGCACUUAUUCAAAAUCAGUUUUGUCAACAUAUUUCAGCACUUCUGCUUUCCCAUACAUUUUGAGAAUGCAUAAUUCCUACGUGACUUGUAAGAGAAAGUACUAUUUUGUUUUAUGACAUAUCUGUGUCUGUGCUGUAUAGUUAAAUACACUGGGCACAAUUAUUUUAAUAUUAAAGUUGCACUGGUACUAGAUAUUAAGCAAGAUAGUUAGAAAAAAGUUUAAAAGACACAUUGAUUAUAUUUUUUUGCUUAAUUUUUAUAAAAUAUUGGGUUUUCUCUUAAGAUAGUUGAAUUAUUUUUCCUGCCAUGCCUAUUUAUUUUUGGAAAAAAAAUCUCUGAGACAUAGAACCAAAGAUAGAUAUGCUUUGCUAUAUAGUAUAACUAACUACAAUUGCUUUUGCAAUAACACAACCUGAAAUUCAAAAAUAAAUGGAUUAUCUAUCUGCAUGUUGUCUAUAUGAAUGCAAACAACAUUUCAGCAUGCAGAAAAUAAUUUUGGCAGCCUUGAACAGGAUUGUUCAUUCUACACUUUCUUGAAAUUCCAUUUUUGGAAGUGUCUAUCCUUCGAUGUCUGAAUAGUUUCUUAAAACAGCCUUCUGGCUGUCUUCAUAACUAACAGUGAGUGGAUCUUCUUAAUAUAGCUGUCUGGUCAUGUGUGGAAGGCAGCUAUAGUCAUUGUAUUCAUAGUCUGGCCACUCUUGGCCUAUGAGUCCAGGCUGACUGCUUAAGAGCCCAUGUAUUAUAGUUUGAUGUAAACUGUAGAAAAAGUAAGCACUUUGUUCUGAGUCUUUAAUCUCCAAAUAUAUAGUCGUUUGUCUCAAACCAAGCAAGCUUUAUCAUCUGCCUUAUUCAUAGAAAUAGUUCCAAUAUUUUUCAGUAAUAUAAAUGAUGACUGGUGGUAAGUCAUUCCAAAGUGCUGGAAGGAGUAAAUGGACCAGAAUCUGGGCCUUUGAAAAUAGGUCACAGAAAAAGCCUUCAUUUGGCUAAAUAUGACAAUUAACCUGAAUAUGGUUAAAUAUAUAUAGUUAAAAGUCUGAAGCCAAUUAGUGGUUUAUUCUAACUUGAAGCAAACUUUUUAUGAGAGUAAAUGUUAGAAAAGUUAAUUUUAAAAACUUGAGGUGAAAAAAUGCUAAAGGCUUAAGAUGAAACGUCAUUUUUGCCUCUUAGAGUGAGACAACUGUCACUCUUGGGCUCUUGUUGUGUGUUCCCAUGGCUUCAUGUUUAUGUAAAAUUUGCAAAAGUUUGGUGUUUUGAUUUGCAGUAAAACCAUCAUAUCCUUCAUCUAGAUGUUCAGUUCAUCAUACUUCAGAUUGUAGCUACAUAAGUGAUGUUAUUGUAAAUUUAAAAAUAUAUGUAUACACACAUGAUAUAUUAUGAUAUAUAUAAUUUGUUUGGAAUCUUUGCUUGUUGCUGUUACCAUCACUUUAACACUUGUUAAAAACUGUCUUAUCAUUCUAAAUAA